AUGGUACUAAUCCUGGGACGCAGACUGAAUAGAGAGGAUAGCGGGAUACGAGAUUCCCCUGCAACCAAGCGGAAAGUUUUUGAAAUGGACCCAAAAUCGUUGUCAGGCCCCGAGUUUUUCGACUUCUCCUCGGGAUCAUCCCACGCCGAAAGCAUUCUCCAGAUCUUCAAUGAGUUUCGGGACAGCCGGUUGUUCACGGAUGUUAUCAUCUGCGUGGAAGGGAGGGAGUUCCCCUGCCAUCGCGCCGUGCUCUCGGCCUGCAGCAGCUACUUCAGAGCCAUGUUUUGCAACGACCACAGAGAAAGCAGAGAGAUGCUAGUGGAGAUCAACGGCAUUUUCGCUGAAGCUAUGGAUUGCUUUUUACAGUACGUAUACACUGGCAAGGUGAAAAUCACUACAGAGAACGUGCAGUACCUCUUUGAAACGUCGAGUCUCUUUCAGAUCAGCGUUCUGCGGGACGCCUGCGCCAAGUUCCUGGAAGAACAGCUGGAUCCCUGCAAUUGCCUGGGAAUCCAGCGCUUUGCAGAUACGCACUCGCUCAAGACGCUGUUCACCAAGUGCAGGAAUUUUGCGCUGCAGACGUUUGAGGAUGUGUCCCAGCAUGAGGAAUUCCUGGAACUGGGGAAGGACGAGCUUAUUGAUUACAUUUGCAGUGACGAACUGGUGAUCAGUAAGGAAGAGAUGGUGUUUGAGGCUGUCAUGCGCUGGGUGUACCGGGCAGUUGAUCUGCGAAGACCAGUGUUACACGAACUUCUGACGCACGUCAGGCUCCCCUUGUUACACCCCAACUACUUUGUUCAGACGGUGGAAGUGGACCAGCUGAUUCAGAAUUCCCCAGAGUGCUACCAGCUGCUGCACGAAGCCAGGCGAUACCACAUCCUCGGAAAUGAGAUGAUGUCUCCCAGAACUAGGCCGCGCAGAUCAACUGGCUAUUCUGAGGUGAUAGUUGUUGUUGGAGGCUGCGAACGAGUUGGAGGGUUUAAUUUGCCGUACACCGAGUGCUACGAUCCUGUAACAGGAGAGUGGAAGUCACUGGCUAAGCUUCCAGAGUUCACCAAGUCUGAGUAUGCAGUGUGUGCUCUACGGAAUGAUAUUCUUGUUUCAGGUGGAAGAAUCAAUAGCCGGGAUGUUUGGAUUUAUAACUCUCAACUUAACAUUUGGAUCCGAGUUGCCUCCUUAAAUAAAGGCAGAUGGCGUCAUAAGAUGGCUGUUCUUCUGGGUAAAGUGUAUGUUGUUGGAGGAUACGACGGGCAAAACCGUCUCAGCAGUGUAGAGUGUUACGAUUCGUUUUCCAAUCGAUGGACAGAGGUGGCUCCCCUUAAAGAAGCUGUGAGCUCCCCAGCAGUCGCUAGCUGUGUCGGCAAACUCUUUGUGAUCGGGGGCGGUCCUGACGACAACACGUGCUCUGACAAGGUUCAGUCUUACGAUCCUGAUACUAACUCGUGGUUGCUCCGUGCAACUAUCCCUAUCGCAAAAAGAUGUAUUACGGCUGUGUCUCUAAACAAUCUGAUCUAUGUUGCCGGUGGGCUUACCAAAGCGAUAUACUGCUAUGAUCCGGUUGAGGACUACUGGAUGCACAUACAGAACACGUUCAGCAGACAGGAGAACUGUGGCAUGUCUGUGUGCAACGGAAAAAUCUAUAUCCUUGGUGGAAGAAGAGAAAAUGGUGAAGCUACAGACACUGUUCUUUGUUAUGACCCUGCAACGGGCAUUAUCACAGGAGUAGCAGCCAUGCCCAGGCCAGUAUCAUACCACGGCUGUGUGACGAUUCAUAGAUAUAAUGAAAAAGGCUUUAAACUGUAACUUUUUUUCUUGAGAAAAGAAGAAGAUGGCAUGAAUGAAUCCAGUGGUCUGCUGCAAGGCUGUCUUUUUAAAAAUUCUUGAAGUGGG